CAGGACGUGACAGUUGGUGACAGUUGCAACCCACACUUCGGCACUGUUCGGCACGAUGGAAAUUCGGUGGUGAUUGAGAGGCUAGAUCGACCAAACAAUAACUUAAACCUCACAUUUUAGGAUAGUUAUCAACAGUGGACAUGAAAAUUAACUUAAUAACCAGGUUUUCGCCAUUCUUACUGAGUUUUUGAUAUAAAAAUUUGUGUGAUUAUUCCAUUGUUGCUCCAAAAUCGUUGAUUGGUGGAGUUACAAGUGAUUAUACACAUUAUUGGGCCAGAUUUUGUAUUUAUUAAGGGUAUGCAAUGUUCAAAAACACAUUCCAAAGCGGAUUUCUAUCGAUAUUGUACAGCAUCGGCAGCAAACCUCUUCAGAUUUGGGACAAGAAAGUGCGAAACGGACAUAUCAAAAGAAUCACUGACAACGAUAUCCAAAGUUUAGUGCUGGAAAUACUUGGGAGCAAUGUCAGCACUACUUAUAUCACCUGUCCAGCUGAUCCCAGAAAGACACUUGGGAUCAAACUGCCCUUUCUCGUUAUGAUUAUUAAGAAUCUUAAGAAGUAUUUCACGUUCGAAGUUCAGGUAAUUGACGAUAAAAACGUGCGAAGAAGAUUCAGAGCGAGUAACUAUCAAUCAACAACAAGAGUAAAACCCUUCAUAUGCACAAUGCCAAUGAGACUCGACGAUGGAUGGAAUCAGAUACAAUUCAAUCUCGCUGAUUUCACCAGACGGGCCUAUGGGACUAAUUACGUCGAGACACUGAGAGUACAAAUUCACGCUAAUUGCAGAAUUCGUAGAGUAUACUUUUCGGACAGACUCUACUCCGAGGACGAGUUGCCGGCUGAGUUUAAACUUUUCUUACCGAUUCAAAAUAAGGCUAAAUGUUAAUGAGGUUCGAUGUUAAAAGAAUAAUCAAAAUACAAGUGUU